ACUGGUUCUGUCACUUAUAGCACAAAGUAUACUUAUAGCGCAGUGUAAAGUUGUGGUGAAGUUCUUAUCUGUCUAGACCCCAGAAAAAUAAUUCUGUUUAGGUGACGAAAGUUAUAAUUAAAGCAACAUGUUCGAUCCUAGAAAGUAUGGCCUUAGGCCAGAUUUUCAACUAACGAAGUUUUCUACGUUACGAGGGUGAGGUUGUAAAAUCCCCCAAGAUACUUUGCUAAAGUAUCUUCAGGGAACAGAAAUAAUACAAUCGACCAACUUACAAGGAAAAGUAAAUAAUGAAGAAGAUUAUAUUGGUUCAGGAAUGGAUUGCGCAGUAGUGCCCCUAAAAAAAUAUAAAAAUAUUUCACUUAUACAAACGGUCGACUUUUUUUACCCAUUAGUAGAUGAUCCCCAUGUAAUGGGGAAAAUCGCAUUAGCCAAUGUAGUUAGUGAUGUUUACGCCGUAGGCGUUACUGAUAUUGACAAACUUAACCUUAUUAUGACAGCUCCCGAAGAAUUAAAAGAAGAGGAAAGAAAUAUAAUAAUGCCAAUGAUUGCUACCGGCUUUCAAGAAUCUGCAAAAUUAGCUGGAUGCAAGGUUCAUGUACAAAAUAUUACUGUAAAUCCAUGGUGUAUAAUUGGUGGGAUUGCAACGGCUGUAGUCAAAAAAGAAGAUGUCAUCAUGCCUCACAAUGCUAAAGAUGGAGAUCAUCUAGUUUUAACGAAACCAUUGGGGACGCAAUUAGCAACAAAUGCAUAUCUAUGGCUCAAAGAAAGAAAUGAUAAAUAUUUAAAAUUGGCGGAACAAUUUACUGACGACGACAUAAAGGAAACAUAUCAAACUGCAGUAAAUACCAUGGCUUAUUUAAAUAAAAAAGCUGCACAACUAAUGCACAAAUACAAAGCUAAUGCAGCAACUGAUGUUACUGGAUUCGGAUUGCUCGGUCAUGCUCAAAACUUAUCAGAGUUCCAAAAAGAUUGUCUUCAAUUCGUCAUUAACAAAAUACCUGUUUUCAAAAAUAUUUUGUCCUUUGGAAAAAUACUGAAUCAAGAUGUCAAGCUCCGUACUGGAAAAUCGGUAGAAACUUCAGGAGGUUUAUUAAUUUCAAUACCGUCUAAAUAUUCCAUCCAAUUUUGUCAAGAGUUUAAUAGCAUAACUAAUGGUGAACAGUUAGCUUGGAUUGUUGGAUAUGUAAAAAAAUCUGAUAAACGCGAAUCAAUUCUGAGUAAAGAAAUAGAUAUUUUCGAAGUUGAUUUUUCUAAUAGCUAAAAUGUAUAUGAAUGUAUAUGUAAAUAUAUAUUAAUUAAUUUGAAUAAUUUUUGUUUUAUGUAAAUAUGUGCAUCCAACUCAUGACGAUUAUUUCAUAAAGAUAUUAGUAUCGGGAAAUAAUCCGAACUUAUUUUUUGGAGUACAAUUUAUUAUUAACAAAAAUCAUUUUAUUUAAUAAAUUUUGUGUAUGCAAUCUUAAAAAA